GAUUACGAUAAAAUUGUAGAUAAUCCGGUAUAAUUUCUGUUAUUAUAAAUCACAUUCGGUUAGUCAGUGUCGAUACACAACAACAAUAAAUGUCAUCAUGAAGAGAAUAAUUUUAUCACUUAUAGUUGUUUACUUCGGUAAUAUUUCAGCGAAUGAUAAAACCACCAAUGGGAAUUUCCUGAAGGCUGAUCCUUCGCAGUGCUUAGCAGUACCACAAAAUGAAAGGUUGGAUUGUUGGCCGGGGAGCGAUGGCAAUCAGGAAAAAUGUGAGUCUAGGGGAUGCUGUUGGUCGCCACCUAACUCUGUACGCGGUCUUCCCAACAUCCCCUACUGCUUUUAUCAGCCAAAGGCCGAAUCUUACAAAUUCACCAACGUCAGUGAGCUUCCUGAUGGAAUAAGUGCGUUUUUGGAGAGAUCUUCGAAAUCACCCUACCCAAGAGAUGUUUCUACCAUCCAACUCAUUGUAACGUAUCAGAGUGACUCCAUUUUACGAUUCAAAAUUAUAGACCCGUCCAAUCCAAGGUUCGAGUCACCGUUCCCAGAAAUCGAUCUACCACAACCCAAAACUGAAAAUCCAUUAUACAAAUUCAAUAUUGAAAACGAUAAACAAGGAUUCAAAAUAAUCAGGAGAUCUGAUGAUAGUGUCAUAUUCGACGCAUCAGAUCUCUCCAAUUUCAUUUACUCCGACCAAUUUCUACAAAUCACAACGAAACUUCCAUCCACAAAUAUUUAUGGCUUAGGAGAAGAGAGGAAACGAUUCAGGGUCUCCACAGACUGGAAACAAAUCACCUUUUUCAACCACGAUGCUGCUCCUCAAGACAAUGUUAACAUUUAUGGUACACAUCCAUUUUAUUUACUGGUGGAAAAUUCAACGAACGCACAUGGAGUAUUUCUGAAAAACAGCAAUGGACUAGAACUGGUCCUUCAGCCUACCCCGGCACUCACCUACAGGGCUAUUGGUGGCAUAUUGGAUUUCUACGUUUUUCUCGGACCAACGCCAUCCGAUGUCUUGAAACAAUACCAGGAAGUUGUAGGAAAACCGAAAAUGCCACCUUAUUGGAGUUUGGGAUUUCAUCUAUGCCGUUGGGGUAUCAUCGAUUUAGAAUCGACGAAGAAGGUUCUCCAGAGGAAUCUGGAUGCUGGAAUUCCUAUCGAAACCCAAUGGAACGACCUUGAUUAUAUGGAAGACCACAACGAUUUCACCUACAAUAAGAGUGCUUUUGGUGGUUUGCCGGAGUUUGUGCAAGAACUACACAAGCAAGGAAGGAGAUACGCGAUACUGAUCGAUCCAGGUGUAAGUGGAUCAGAGCUUCCUGGAUCCUAUCCCCCUUACGACAGAGGUGUUGAAUUAGACGUUUUCGUUAAGAAUAGCACCGGACAAAUUUUUAUCGGAAAGGUUUGGAAUUCCCUUACUACCGUUUUUCCGGAUUUCACCCAUCCCAACGCGUACACCUAUUGGAAAGAAAUGCUGAAGGAAUUCCACGAUUUGGUUCCCUUCGACGGGGCUUGGAUCGACAUGAACGAGCCCUCAAACUCGGAGUGGCCAUACGGUUGUCCAGAUAGCGAACUGGAAAAUCCACCCUACCGUUUGAACACAGAUGGAGGAGCCCUCCAUGAAAAAACCUUUUGUAUGACGGCGAAGCAACAUCUGGGCGUGCACUACGACAUACACAAUUUGUACGGAAUUAGUGAAGCAAACAUAACCAGCAGAGCUCUCAGUGAGAUCUUGGGUGAAAGGUCAUUCAUCAUAUCUCGUUCAACAUUCAGUGGCCAGGGAAGGUAUGGGGGACAUUGGGGAGGAGAUGUAUAUUCAACUUGGGAUGAACUACGAUAUAGUAUUCCACAUCUACUGGAUUUCAGUCUGUUUGGUAUGCCUUUAAUGGGUUCUGAUAUUUGCGGCUUCAACGAUAACACCACAGAACCGUUGUGCAAUAGGUGGAUGCAACUUGGAGCUUUCUACCCCUUCUCGAGAAAUCACAAUUCAGAGAAACUGAUGGAUCAAGACCCAGCCGCAAUGGGAGAGCAAGUUAUAAGGUCAUCUAUAAAAGCUCUCAAUAUACGGUAUAGUUUGCUGCCAUUUUUGUACACCCUCUUCUGGCAUGCGAGCAAAAACGGAUCUACUGUUGCUCGUCCACUAAUGGUAGAGUUUCCCGAUGAUCCUAACACGUACGAUAUCGAUACCGCCUUUUUGUGGGGUUCGGCCUUACUUAUAGCUCCAGUUCUAGAGGACAAUCCUUCUUCCAUUUCUGUUUACCUACCCAAAGGCAGAUGGUACAAUUUUUACGACAGGAAACCUUUGAACAGUAAAGGAGAAUACUUCGAAAUAGCAGUAGAUAGAGAAACAAUUCCGCUUUUCAUAAGAGGAGGAUCGAUUAUUCCAAUGCAAACUCCAGCUAACACGACAGAGGAAGUUAGAAAAUCAGACAUUAAGUUGUUGGUUGCACUAGACGAAGAUGGUAAAGCUUCUGGUAAUCUAUACUGGGAUGACGGUGUGAGUGUGGAUGUGGGAUCCGAUUACACAGUACUUGAAUUUAGCGCCGAAGGAAACAAAGUAGAUGUGACAAGCUCAAAUCUAGGCAGAACUCCACCUCCGAAAAUUUCAUCCAUUGAGGUAAUAGGCAAUGGCAAUCAGAAUAUGAUGGCCGAUAUCCUGGGCAUCGACAGAUAUCCAGUGAAAGUGAUUUGUGGCAACCCAACACAAAUAUUGUAUUAUAUAACACACUGACCUAAUCAAAUAUUGUAGAAUUAAGUUUUAUUUAUAUUUUAUAUUAUAAAGUGAAAUUUG